AUGGUCGGAAGCGAUACACUGGACUACAUACACGAAGAGCCAGGUAAGGUGCCAAGCCCCAAGAACAAGGCAGAUGCGCAGAGUACUUCUGUGAUGGAGAUCGAAGUCGCUUCGACGGGGCUCGCCCAAACGGACGUGAAAAGAGGUUUAAAACCCAGACAUAUUUCCAUGAUAGCGAUCGGUGGAACCAUCGCUACCGGGCUUUUCAUGAGUAUAUCGACUCCGCUGCAAAAUGCGGGACCCGCGGGAGCUUUGAUUGCGUUUGUGUUCAUCGGAACUUUGGCUUAUUCGGUAACGCAGUCGCUGGGCGAGAUGGCAACCUUUAUUCCAGCGGCCUCCUCUGUCACAGCUUUUCCGGAAAGGUUUCUCUCGCCAUCUAUCGGGGCUGCGAAUGGGUACAUGUAUUUUCUGGCCUGGGCAAUUACCUUCGCUUUAGAACUUUCCAUAGUGGGGCAGGUAAUUGCUUACUGGACCACCGCUGUUCCUGACCCUGCUUGGAUUGCUAUCUGGUGGGUUUUGUUGUCGGUGUUCAACAUGUUUCCCGUUAAGCUUUACGGCGAAUUUGAAUUUUGGAUGUCGUCGAUAAAAGUCGUCGCCAUAGUCGGAUUCCUUAUCUAUGCGCUAUGCAUGGUAUGUGGAGCUGGGGUUAUGGGCCCCGUGGGUUUUCGCUACUGGAGCCAUCCUGGUCCUUGGGGCGACGGUAUAGUUUACAGCGACGGAUACCAGACGCCCGGUCUCUCCCUACGCAGAUUCCUCGGUUGGCUGUCAUCUCUGGUUAGUGCUGCAUUUACGUUUCAGGGCACCGAAUUGGUGGGUAUAAGUGCUGGGGAAUCCGCUAAUCCACGAAGAUCGCUUCCGAGAGCGGUGAACAAAGUGAUCUUCAGAAUUUCCCUUUUCUUCAUAGGGUCUGUGUUUUUUGUUGGACUACUUGUGCCAUAUAAUGACCCCAGGUAUCAGAGCGACUCCAGCGAUUACAUUGCUCAAUCUCCUUUCGUCAUUGCCAUUGAAAAUUCCGGCACUCAAGUCUUACCCCAUAUAUUUAACGCUGUCAUCCUCACAACUAUCAUUUCCGCUGCCAACUCUGAUAUCUAUAUAUCUUCCAGGGUACUUUAUGUCCUGGCAAAAGGGAAUCUGGCACCAAAAUUUUUCGCGAAGACUACGAAAAGUGGCGUUCCUUACUACUCGGUUAUUGCUACCUCCUUGGUCGGGUUGCUUGGCUACAUGAACGUUAGUACUUCUGCACAGAACGUUUUCAACUGGUUUGUGAACAUAACGGCCAUUGCAUGCUUUAUUGCAUGGCUAUGCAUUUCCCUCUCACAUAUCAGGUUCAUGCAGUGUCUUAAGAAGAAAGGAAUUUCUCGAGAUGAUCUCCCUUACAAAGCAAAGUUUAUGCCUUUCAGUGCAUACUACAGUGUGUUCUUUGUGACUCUCAUUGUCAUUAUUCAAGGAUUCACUGCUUUCAUCCCAUCAUUCAGCUACUCAGGUUUUCUGGCAGCGUACAUUAGCGUUUUCGCUGCUAUAUUCAUUUGGGCAGUGUUCCAGUUCCUCAUUUUCAGAACAACCAAGUUAAUAUACACCAUUGAAGAGAUCGAUAUUGACACGGAUCGAAGAGAGGUUGAUGCUAUAGUCUGGGAAGAUAACGUCCCACAAAACAAGUGGGAGCAGUUUUGGGAUUACAUAGCUUAA